UUUGCCACACAAUUCGGUUCGCGUCCGUCAAACGAAAUAUAAACAACAAAAAAAAAAUACUCAAUAAAUAAAAUAGUGAAUGUGUGGCCUUUGUACUAAAUAAGAAGCAACGUUUAAAGCAGAACUCAGUAAAAUGCAUCCAGGGCAAAUUGAAGUCAAUGAAAUUACAGGGUAUUGGACAUUUAUAUUAAGCAUUGAUUGGAAGGACCCAUGGCUUAUAGCAUUGAUAUUAAUUCAUGUGCUGACCACAAGUACAGCUUUAUUAACCAGAAAUAACACAAACUUUCAAGUUUUCCUCUUCCUUGUGCUGCUGUCGGUUGUGUAUUUCUCGGAGAGUAUUAAUGAGUAUGCGGCGCUGAAUUGGAAAACAUUCUCAAAGCAACAAUAUUUUGAUGACAACGGUUUGUUUAUCUCCACCGUCUUCUCAAUUCCCAUUUUGCUCAACUGUAUGCUGUUAAUUGGAACUUGGCUGUAUAAUUCCACACAAAUGAUGGCCACGUUGAAGACAGCCCAGUUGAAGGAGAGGGCGCGUCGGGAGCGCACUGGAAAUACCGAAAAGCCCACAUCAUGUCCGGCCACGGAAAAGUCCUUAAAAACGGAGUAAGAAGGAAAAAAGAAGGGAAAUAAUCACUCAAUUAUUGAAGGAAUCACAGAAGCCAUCGAUUGUCGCCAUAGCGUGUAAAUCACGUCAGGUGUUCUCUAUUUUUUUUAUAUUAAAAUUUGUGUGUGUGUG